AUGGAAAUGUGGGCGUCAGCGUCAAGCAUCCUUCGUGCUUCACGAAUUCACACACCAGGUACUCAAAACCAGCAAAUUUGCGAGAUCGGGCACCCCAAUCUGCAUCUCCAAUCACUCCCAAGUGAACUCCUCCAGCUCAUUCUUGCCUACCUCGAUACGCCCACGCUCAGGGACGUUGCCCUUGUCUCUCAAACGCUCCACCAACAUGCGACCGAUAUCCUGUGGCAGAAUAUAUGUCUGUCCGACCAGUGGACGCUACACAAAAAGGAACAGACCGACCAAAUCUGGUGUGACAGAGGGCGCGGAGAACCCGACGACCAUGAUGACACACCAAUUAUCCAGAAGUUGUAUAUACUGGCAACCAAUCCUGCCAUCGCAUCCAAAGUCCAAGUUGUUACCCAUCGCUGCUAUCUGCCUACCCCGAACAUCUUCAGCGAACUUCCGCGAAUGCGAUUUGACGCCGACAACCUCUCUCAGGACGAACGACUACAUAUCCUCCUCAAACUAGCCUUACGAAACUUGGUCAACGUACAUACCCUACGAAUAAUAUACGGGCAUUGGAAGCUCACAAAUGCGCUCGUUGCAGGCUUUCUUGACGAAAAUCGUCCACGCAAUGUACCGCUUCGCAAGCUCUGGCUAGAAUGUUGUUGUUUUGAAAAAGACGCGCUGUACUGGCUUCUACCACACAAGACAACUGGUCUGGAAAGCAUCCGGCUACGUAGGCUUGGAAACGAAAUGUUUGAUUCGACACAAAGGCAACGCUUGAAGUUAAUGGAAUUCAAACUCUCAAGAGGUGGCCAACGAGAUUUUCCAAUUCACAACGGGGCUGGCGGGUUCACUAGAACUACGGUCUAUCUCACCGAAGAAGGACUGCCUACUCGAGGAAUUCAGCCAUCAACAGAAGAUUUCAUCAGAAAGGGAAAGGCUUUCGAUGCAGUCAUGUGGGAAGAGCUUCCGGAAAUUAGAGAAUACGUCGAUGCAAAUCCAGUGGAAUUUGCACCUACAACAUUUGGCCCGAUUGCGCCUGAUGUGAGACCUCCCUUAGAGUGGCUGAUCGCAUGUUCUGCAUCUACUCUCACAAGUCUGAAUUUGGACUGGGUACAUUGGCGCCGUCGAGAAGAAAGCUCCAGCUAUCCUGUCAAUUCUGGGCAUUUUCUGUAUGCGCUUAGCAAGAUGCGAUUUCCACAACUCCGCGCGUUCCAAGUCCGGAAUGCAGUUUUACCACUCACAAAGCUUCCCGAUAACAUCUACCUUCUGGAGGACACCUUUCUUGACUUCCUCGAGGCACACCCCAAGAUCCUGUGUCUUGGUUGGCCAAUAGACAAGGUCUAUGGCCAUACCAAGCCAUCUGUUGAUGUCCAGGCUCGAUCGCAGAGGCUAGUUGCACACAUGGCUACAAUGCUGACGGAUCUCCGGAUGGACGCACAACAUGUGGGACACUGCGAGCCAGUGACAGACGAAUCUGGGACAAUUGAAGGAGCCCAAGAGCGGACGCGUCGAAGAAGGUUCAUCGCAGAGUUUGCUCCGCACAUGCGCAAAGUAAAGCAGAUCAAGAUAGAAGGCGGGAUCCCACGAGACGAGAAGCGCGAGUUGAUCCGAGCCCUCCACUGGUGUCUGCUCAAAAAGAUUGUUAUGAUAGGCGGAUCAUUUCCCGCAGGAAACACAUGGGGUGCAAGAGGCUACUCGCUCAAAGCCCUCGACCCAGGCCAAGACGGCUCCGACGUCUUCUACGCUCUUGAGAACGAAGAUCUAGACGGCAUGCUCGCCGCCUAUCGCCGCGGCUUCCAUAGACCCCUAGACUUCACCUUUGAGCCCAACUACGGCUGGCCACCACAAGCCCCUCUCCUCCACACCAUAGCCCUGCACCACGCUUCCACCAUUGAAGAACUCAAAAUCUGCGGCUACAACGGCUGCCCCAUCCUCUCCCACCCAACCCCCAUCGCCAACCCCCUCCUCACCGGCCUCCGUUCCUUCGACAACCUCAAACAACUCGUCCUUUCUUUCUGGCUCCUCACCUGGCACGAAGAUUCCUACCGCGACGCGGAAAUCAUUCAGUCGUGGCUCGACACCCGGUCUCCAUCUUCCACCGCACUCACAGUCGUCACGCCCCCAGCGUCACCUACUACAGAUCAGCCCGUCGACCCAGGCCACUUCCCAAACUUCGGCUACCACCGUGCUGCGCCGCGUCCCCAGGAGUUUAAUCGCUGGGCCGUGGCGCUCAAGACAAAGUUCUCGCCCUCGGCGCUGGCGUAUCGUGUUGCGAGAGAUAUAGGACCGUAUUUGAGUCCAUUGGCUAAAGAGAGGAAGGGCGGUGUUAGAGUUAGAGCGAGUUUCUGUCUAGGGGCGCAUGAGGAAAGGAGAAGUGCAAGUGAUAUUUUUGAUUUGGACAUUAGGGUUGGCGUUGGGGAUCAGGUGCUCGAGUUUGUGGGGCCGAGAGAGGAAGGUGAGACGGGGAGGUGGUGGAAGAAACUUGAGGAACGGCGGUGGUUUUGA